AUGGAUGUGAGAUUCUACCCCGCGGCGGCCGGGGACCCCGCCGGCCUGGACUUCGCGCAGUGCCUGGGGUACUACGGCUACAGCAAGUUUGGAAACAACAAUAACUACAUGAAUAUGGCUGAAGCAAACAACGCUUUCUUUGCAGCCAGCGAGCAGACGUUCCAUACACCAAGCCUCGGGGAUGAGGAGUUUGAAAUACCACCGAUCACGCCACCUCCAGAGUCGGACCCCGCUCUGGGCAUGCCUGAUGUACUUCUACCUUUUCAAGGCCUCAGCGAUCCGUUGCCUUCCCAGGGAAGUGAAUUCACGCCCCAGUUUCCCCCUCAAAGCCUGGAUCUUCCUUCCAUUACAAUCUCAAGAAAUCUCGUGGAACAAGAUGGCGUGCUUCAUAGCAGUGGGUUGCAUAUGGAUCAGAGCCACACACAAGUUUCACAAUACCGUCAGGAUCCCUCCCUGAUCAUGAGGUCCAUCAUCCACAUGACGGAUGCUGCUCGCUCUGGGAUCAUGCCUCCUGCCCAGCUCACCACCAUCAACCAGUCUCAGCUCAGCGCCCAGUUGGGGUUGAAUUUGGGAGGUGCCAGUGUGCCCCACACGUCUCCUUCACCUCCAGCGAGCAAAUCGGCGACUCCCUCCCCUUCUAGCUCCAUCAAUGAAGAGGAUGCUGAUGAAUCCAACAGAGCCAUUGGAGAGAAAAGAGCUGCUCCAGAUUCUGGCAAGAAGCCCAAGACUCCAAAGAAAAAGAAAAAGAAAGAUCCCAAUGAGCCACAGAAGCCAGUGUCAGCAUAUGCCCUGUUUUUCAGAGACACACAGGCUGCAAUUAAAGGUCAAAACCCUAACGCAACCUUUGGAGAGGUCUCAAAAAUCGUAGCAUCUAUGUGGGACAGCCUUGGAGAAGAACAAAAGCAGGUCUAUAAAAGGAAAACGGAAGCCGCCAAAAAAGAAUACCUGAAAGCCCUGGCUGCAUAUAGGGCCAGCCUCGUUUCUAAGGCUGCUGCCGAAUCAGCAGAAGCCCAGACCAUUCGUUCUGUUCAGCAGACCCUGGCGUCCACCAAUUUGACCUCCUCCCUCCUUCUCAACCCUCCGCUGUCUCAGCACGGAACAGUGUCGGCCUCCCCUCAGACUCUCCAACAAUCGCUCCCUAGGUCAAUCGCUCCCAAACCCUUAACCAUGAGACUCCCCAUGAACCAGAUCGUCACUUCCGUCACCAUCGCAGCCAACAUGCCAUCGAACAUUGGGGCUCCACUGAUCAGCUCCAUGGUGGGCUCGGCGUCCUCUACCCAAGUGAGCCCUUCAGUGCAGACCCAGCAGCAUCAGAUGCAGCUGCAGCAGCAGCAGCAGCAGCAACAACAACAGAUGCAACAGAUGCAGCAGCAGCAGCUCCAGCAGCACCAGAUGCAUCAGCAGAUCCAGCAGCAGAUGCAGCAGCAGCAUUUUCAGCACCACAUGCAGCAGCACCUGCAGCAGCAGCAGCACCUGCAGCAGCAAAUCAACCAACAGCAACUGCAGCAGCAGCUGCAGCAGCAUCUCCAGCUGCAGCAGCUGCAGCACAUGCAGCAUCAGUCCCAGCCUUCUCCUCGGCAGCACUCCCCUGUCACCUCCCAGAUUACAUCCCCCAUCCCCACCAUCGGGAGCCCCCAGCCAGCCUCUCAGCAGCACCAGUCACAGAUACAGUCACAGACACAGACUCAAGUAUUAUCGCAGGUCAGUAUUUUCUGAAGACGCACGUGGCAGGCGGAUUUGCGCAUCUGGAGGAGAGUGGCGUCCGAGAGUAAACCAUGUGUGGCUGCAACUCGUGAGUCGUCGGUGUUGGUUAUGCAGAAAUGUGUAAAAGAUCACGCGGUCCUCUCAAGUGUCUAUUAGAUAGGCAAUAAGAACUACAGUGUAGCUGAAAAUCAUCUUCUAGCUGACUCUAAACCACUUUGUUUUUAAACAAGAAAAGCUGUGCUCUUUUAUGUGAUGCCUUUUUUAAUUUAUUCAGGCUCUACCUACAAUAUGUGAAUCAAACCGUUUAAUGAAUCCUGGGACAUACUGAUGAUUAUAAUAAACUGGCCUCUCUGAGUCAUAGCAAAUGGCCUUAUUUCUCCCGAAGUGAAGAAACCACACUUCAAGGCAAUUGGAACUUCCGAAGCCCUAAAAAUAAAAAGCACAGUCGUAACUACCUGAAAUACGAAAAUCCAGUUUCAUACAAACAUUUGUAUGACGUCAAUCGUUGAUGGCAUUUUUUUGUCAUGAAAAAAAUAAUGUAAAUCACAGACUUUUGCCAAAGCUCUUAUUUUUUUUCCUUAAAUCUCUCCAGAAAAAAAAAAAAAAA